AAGACUGAGGGUGCCAAGCCGCGUGCACGUGUCCCGGCUUUUCCGCCCCCGCGCCCAGGGAUGCCUUAGCAGGGUGGCCAUCUUUGAAGGGAGCGAGCUGCGCAGCGCUGUGAGCGCCAUGGCGUGGAUGGCAUCCGGGCGCCCUGAGGAACUAUGGGAAGCUGUGGUGGGGGCAGCUGAACGUUUUCGGGCACAGACAGGUACAGAGCUGGUGCUGCUGACAGCUGCACCCCCACCCCCACCUCGGCCGGGCCCCUGUGCCUAUGCUGCCCAUGGCCGGGGUGCAUUGGCUGAAGCUGCAAGGCGCUGCUUACAUGACAUAGCCCAGGCCCACCGGGCUGCUGCCGCCAGACCCCCUGCUCCACCACCUGCACCAGAGCCCCAGGCCCCCAGCCCAAGGAGCUCUCCUCAUCCCCUGAGGUCAGAAGACAAGGAGGAAGAGGAGGAAGACUUGGUCAAUGAGGAUGAGGAGGAAACAGAAACAGAGACAUCAGGGAGCAGGAUAGGAGUGGGAGAUAAUGGAGGCCUCUUUGUGAUGGAUGAAGACACUGCCCACGAGGACCUGCCCCCCUUCUGUGAGUCAGACCCAGAGAGCACUGACGAUGGCAGCCUGAGCGAAGAGGCACCCCCUGGCCCUCUGUCAUGUGUGACCCAGGCCCCCCAGCAGUACGCCAAGUCCCUGCCAGUGUCCGUGCCUGUCUGGGGUUUCAAGGACAAAAGAACGGAGACCAGGUCCUCCGACGAGGAGAAUGGGCCGCCCUCCUCCCCAGACCUGGAGCGCAUCGCGGCCAGCAUGCAGGCGCUGGUCCUGCGGGAAGCUGAGGGCUCUCAGGUGUUCGGAGACCUGCCCCGGCCCCGCCUCAACACCAGCGAUUUCCAGAAGCUGAAGCGGAAAUACUGAGCUGGGAGCGCCGCCUGCCCCUGUCCGCUCCCCACCCCCUAUCCCCCACCCUGCCGUUUCUUUACUUCCCCCAUCCCUGCCCCUAGCGAAUUUGGGCCGGCUCUGCCCUCUUGCCCUGCCCCUGGCAUGCCCGGGCCAGGCCAAUCCCGGCUCCGCUCGCUGCCCCACCCUCGCUUCCUCCGGAGGCGCCGUGUUUUCCUGCUUUUUUCUUGCGGGGGGAGGGUAAUGGAAGAAUCCAAUCCACUCCUUGAGUUUCCUAUUAAUCCCUCCCAUCUACAGGUCCUGGCCAAUCCUAAACUCCCUUCUCGGAAAUCCUUUUGGGGAGGGUGAGGGAACAUCCAAUCAGCUACUGGCACAACCUGGUGUUGCACUUGGCCAAUUGCAGCCUUAGCUCCUUUCGGCCCUCCCCUCCUCUUCGAGAGGAUCCAAUCAACGCCUGACCUACCAGUGGCUCUGCUCUACGGGGAAAAGUCCGUACGAAAGGGAAGCCCCGACUUGACACUACAGCCUCCCUGUCGUGAUCCCGCCUACCUCGGGGGUGGCCCAAUUGCAUCAGUAUCUGCCCGAUGACGCUGCCCGCCCCUGGCCUGUACCGGGAAGGGUUUAGCCAAUCAGCUGCCCCUCGCCCUAGGGGCUUACUAAGCCCCCGUUCCCACACAUGCCUUAAAGGGCCCUGCCAGCCCAUGUGAGGGUGGGGAAGGGGCAGGGGAAUGCCUGCGAAUAAAGAGUUUGACUUUGA